ACCAUCACUCCCUCACUCUCUCUACUCACUCAGAUUCUCUCUCUCUUUCUCUCGCUUUCACUAUUUUUCUUUCCCUCGCUUUCCCCUCUCUCUCUCUCUCUCUCUCUGCCCCUUUCCUUUUCCCCAGAGCCCGAUUUAUUCCCUUCCCACACAAUCAAUCAAUCACAGCUUUAAGAGCCUCGGAUUAACCGAGACCCCCAGAAUCUCGGGAAUCACAACACUCUCUCUCCCUUUGGCCACAUUCUCUCGUCCUCUACCUAACCUCACCGCCAUUGCUCUCACCUCGAUUCAGACACCUGCAAUUUCAGCUCGCCGGCCACUGAACCGGUCUCAAUCCGCGGCUGCGAUUGCGUUUUUUCUACAAGCUCAGGCAAUGGGAGCUGCCGCGGAGGCUAGGGUUUCGGCAGGGAAGGCUCGAUUGAGUCGUUGAUGUUGCGCAUGGAGAGGAUGACUGCCGAUCAGGCGAAGGCGGGCCCACUCGAAAGGGACAUUCAUUUGGCCAUCACUGCUCUAAAAAAGGGGUCACAAUUACUGAAGUAUGGACGCAGAGGAAAGCCCAAAUUUUGUCCUUUCAGACUGUCCAAUGAUGAAUCUGUUCUGAUAUGGUACUCAGGCAAAGAUGAGAAAUAUGUUAAACUAAGCCAUGUCUCUAGAAUUAUACCUGGCCAACGCACUCCAGUCUUUCAAAGGUAUCCUCGGCCUGAGAAGGAAUAUCAGUCAUUUUCUCUUUUAUAUGAUGAUUGAUGACAGGUCUUUAGAUUUGAUAUGCAAGGAUAAAGAUGAAGCUGAAGUCUGGUUUACUGGUCUAAAAGCAUUAAUAUCACGCGGCCUUCAACAGAAGGGAAGAGCAGAAACAAAAAGUGGAGUUACCUCUGAAGCAAAUAGUCCAAGAUCACACACGCAAAGAAGUUCUCCUUUGAGCUCUCCAUUUUGUAGUGGUGAUAGUUCACAGAAGGAUGAAGUGGAAGCCUUUGAUCCUCAUGCUACAGCUGAAAGCCCUCCUAAAGUCCAUUUGGAGAAGGCUUUAUCAGAUGCCAUGUUAUAUGCCCUCCCUCCGAAAGUUCCCUUUCCUUCAGAUUCUGCUUCUGGCUCAUUUCAGUCUCUGUCAUCAGGAGGCUCAGAUGGAAUGAAUGGUCGAACGGAUGCUUUUAGAGUUAGUUUACCAAGUGCAGUUAGCUCAUCAAGUCAAGGCUGUGGUCAUGAUGACGGUGAUGCUUUAGGGGAUGUUUUCAUUUGGGGGGAAGGCGUAGGAUGCUGAUCAGCUUUUAGAAUUAAAAGGAAGGUUCAUUGAUAUCGGUAAUAAGCUAUCCCAAUUUCAUCUGUAGUAGACAUGUUUAGAAAUAGUAGUACCACUUAUAGUUCUGAUUCGUGAGUGAAAAGUUGUAGCUAAAAAGAUAAAUGCAGAAGACUAAAUGCUUUCAGUUGCAACCUGGGGGCAGAGUGAAUGUAUAUGCUGGCCUUUCACACGGUUAGUUAAUACUACACUUGCAGGAAGUGUUAAUUUUCAGGUGACUAAGGAAAGCUUCAUGGAUGACCUAAGCACCUAUAUGCAUGAAUCGUACCUCAAGAUUGAGACCUUGUUGAUCUUUCAGUUUAAAAAAAUAUUGCAUCAGCAGAAUCUCGGCGACUUCAUAAAGUUAGCUCUGCCGCAGGACAAUGCUUCUUCCAACUAGCUUAAAGAAACAAUGAAAUCUGUACUCAUCAACGAGAUAGCAACUCGAGCUCCAGCAUUUUGUGCAGCCGCAAUGACUGCUGGUAACUAAUAGUUUGGAUUAACUCCAACAUUUUGUACAACUACAAUUGGAGCAGGCACUUUUUUACACCUACUAUACAACUGAUGCAGCUAAACCUGUUGUACAACUAGCAUUUCUAAACCAACUCCAGUGGCUACUUUUUUAACCUAUUUUUUAAUACACUUUUGUUAGGUUGACAUUUUUGUAUAAAAAAUCUUUCACUGUUUCAAUAGAAUGCAAUAAUUUUCCUUUUAUAUUU